CUUUGAUUUUUUCUUUUUCAGGUUAAAUCCUGACCUGUGUUGUCGUGUAACUCCUUUAAUAAUGUGGGAAGUCAUCCAGGACGUCUAGAUAAGUCUGAAGAAGUUGUUCCAUCCUUCUAAUCUGCUUCUGUUUGAAAGAAGACCUUUUUUUUUUGUAGAAGUAUGGAUCCUCCUCCCAGGGUGGUGGGUCUGGAUCCCCAAGCAAACAUGGUUUUCACUGUUGUAAAGCCGGUAAUGAGCAUCUUCCAGGUGUCUCCAGAGCACGGCAGCAGCUUAUCACAAGGCGGGAUGGGGAUGCAGGGUUUACUAGAACAUCCACUAGUCCUGCCGCAGCAGGCGCAGCGUGAGGCCCAGUUAGCCCAGAACCACAUGGAGAUGCACAGCACUCCGCCUCAGAUGGAGGUUUCUGCUCCGCUCCAGGGGGAGGGAGACGCCCACCACCAGGAGGCGCUGACUAACUCCACCUCUAGCUCUGAUUCUAUCACCAAGAUGCCGUUUGCAGAGGUGUCUUCCCUCCUGGAUCCCAACAUGAAAGGAUCUAAGGCCCGGAAAUAUCUCAUCUCUUACGAUGAAAUCAAAAGGCGGCUGCAGGCCCCAGAGAACAUGUCCCUGCGCUCUCUGGCGGCGUACACCCGGGUCAGCAGAGGUCCGGCCAGCAAGAAAACCCUUCUGGAGUCACUGAACGUCCUCGGCCUGACGCCGAGCACGACUACGGCGGUAUCCUCCUCAUUCUCCAAACUCACUGAAGGUGACACCAGAGCUCUGUGUGAAGAUAUGAAAGAUUUUUCCCACGAUUACAUCGACUACAGCAACAUGGCCAAACAACUCCUCCCUGAGACCAAUACGGUUCAACACUGGUCCAAAAUUAUUGAAACCAAGAAUCAUCUGGAGGACAUGAGGAAAAGUUUCAAGGACCCAGCAAACAGCGGCGCGUUCGAUAACGUCACUCACGGCCUCGGCCUCGGAAUGCUGGACGUUGCGCUGGACAUGAUCAUAACGGUAAUCGAUCAGCAGAUUCGCAUUUUGUCCGGCGCAGCGGCUUCAGACCCUGGCGACUCCGCUAUGCCUUCGUCCCGUCGCAUUCGGAGGCGCCAACGCAAACUACGGUCAUCGGACAGCGAGAGGUCUCACAGGAUCUGUGGAGGCGUGAAGGAGACGGGGAGGAUCCUUUUGAAAAGCAAGGGGCGAGCCAGAGACGGGAAGAAGACGAGGACGGAGUCGGGAACCUCGGAAGGCGUGGAGUCCCAGGCGGAGCAGAGCAAGGCGGACGACGGGCGGAGCGAUGUCCUCACCUUGGUGUCUGUGGGUUAUGAGGCCGUCUCUAGUGGUUUGAAUCCAGCCGGAGCCGUUUGACAUCUGAUCGAAUCAAAGGACUCGGACUGAACCUGCAGGACAAAACACCAGCUAGAAGGAAAAUAAAGUCACCAUGACUCUACCGCAUCUCUGACUUUUUUCUGUCACCUGAACCCGUUUUAGUUAAAUAAAAUAUUAAGUCUGUUAGAGGUAGAGCUGUUAGACAUCAUCUUUACCAAUAAACUGUAGAUUUAUCUGAUAAUGAGCUGAAAAAGGCAAAGUCUGGUCAGCAAGGAAUAAUCAAUGGAUCAUUAUCUAUACCUAAAACUACAGUAGUAGAAAUUCAAAAAUCCCCCAAUUUCCUUGAUGGGACUUUGUUCGGUCCGAUACGAUUAAUUUUUUGAAACAUCUAAAACUCUAAGACUCUGUAAUUCAGAGAGAGUCAGAGUAAAACAAUAUGGAAGCCCAUGAAAAGGCCAGUGGCUGGAAGUUGGAGGGGAUUUUGCUGCCAUUCGGCUGCUUUUUACUGGGAAGGGCCAUUCUUAAUGGCUGCUACUGUAAUACGUUUGUGGUGAUUUAAUGAAUUUAGCGUUAAUAGUAAAAAAAAACAAUCCAGAUUCCUGGAGCGGCCAUUUUUGCCCAAACAUAAUAACCCCUAACCUGACUCCUCCAGAUGGAUUUGCUCCGCAUAUCCAUCU